AGUGCACGAGUGAUAGAAUGGUAAAGACACACUCUCUCUCUCUCACACACACACACAUAGAGAUGAUGACUUAGCUUAUCCUUAACUUCCUUUUCCAUCUCCCCUUACUCAAACAUGGCUCUCUCCUUCUCUCUCCUUUCCCCAUUCCCCUCUCCCUCCAUUCUCGCUCUUCCCACCACUCCUGCUUCAACACUGCACCUUUCUCUGCCCUCCAAACCCUUCACCGGAGUUCGCCUCUCCGCACCCCACAGGAACAAACACUCGCUCAUUGUCUCCGCCGCCGCCGCCGAGGGUGAGGCUGAGGCUUCCAGCGCGGCGGAGGAGGGGCUUCCUCCGUCGGUGGAUAAGCUUCCGCUCGAGUCCAAGGUGAAGGAGAGGGAGGAGCAGAGGGCGAGGAUGAAGCUCGCGAAGAAGAUAAGGCUGAGAAGGAAAAGGCUUCUUCGGAAGCGCAGGUUGAGGAAGAAGGGUCGAUGGCCACCUUCUAAGAUGAAGAAGUUGAAGAACGUUUGAUAUCAAUGUGCUUUUUGCAGGUUUAUUAUCUCUAUUCUCCUUCUUCUUUAUUAUUCUCAAUUUUCAAUUCAAUGUGUAUUCUCUAAUUUUACAAUUUUCUUCAUCAAAUCAACGAUGCUUGCUUGCUUUAUGUACGCUCUUGUCCCCAAUUUCGUGGUUUAGGGUAUUUUUCAUUUGGAAUCCUUGAAGCUUAGAAGCUGAUUUCAUAAACCAACACUUUUGGGAGAGAAAAAAAAAAAAAAA